AUGUGCGAACGCUCAACGGGCGGCGCGUACUGGUGCAACGACUCGGACAACACCAAAACAGCGUUGUGGAGAGAGCUGACUGAAUACGCUGGUCAGGUGUUUAUCCAGUGCAUGAUUGGCAUACGUUCCUCCGGGCAGACACAGUUUGACGACGAAUCUCGCAUCAUCGUCACCGAUCCACGCGGGCAAGGGUGCAAUUUGAGUUACGACACGACGCUGGAGACGCGGGGCAAAUACACGGGAAUCUGGCCCGAAGACCUAGAGGACCCUUACAGACGUGCCGCUCAGGUUCAGCACACCAAACGACAGCUUUUGCCACUUAUCUCUCAAUCCCCGGAGUAUGAAUGCUCCUCUGUUGUCGGCCGUCUAGCCGACUUUGGAGAUGCCAGGGGGGGGGUGGAACAACGCCAUGCAAGAGUAUAA